AUGCCGUUCACACGUUGCCGACGCAGGAAAGGGAAGAAGGGCGGCAAGGCCAAGACUCGUUCUGCCCGUGCUGGUUUGCAGUUCCCUGUCGGUCGCUGUCAUCGUUAUUUGCGUAAAGGUAACUACGCCAAUCGUAUUGGCGCUGGCGCCCCUGUCUACAUGGCGGCCGUGCUCGAAUAUUUAGCUGCUGAAAUCCUUGAGCUAGCUGGAAAUGCCGCCCGUGACAAUAAAAAGACAAGAAUCAAUCCUCGUCAUGUUCAGCUUGCAGUACGAAAUGACGAAGAACUGAACAGACUGAUGGCUGGUGUAACCAUUGCACAGGGCGGUGUACUUCCGAACAUUCAGGCGGUACUUUUGCCAAAGAAGAGUGGUAAAAAAUAA